AUGGCAACAGCGGCAACGACGACGACGAUCUUCGUCGACCUACAAGGAUUCACGGUGAGCGACAGAUUCGUCGCGAAGGAAAUGGCCGUGCUGCGAAGCGAGACGCGCGUGCUCCCGCAUCACGUGUUUCGCGCGCCGAUGAGUUGGAAUCUGCUGACGAGCUCCGAGAAAGCAAGGGCCAGUUGGUUGAUAGCGAACCAUCACGGCCUUCGCUGGGAGGACGGCGACACGGACUAUCGCCAGGCAAAGACGAUCAUUCGACGCGCGGUGUGCGACAACCUGGAAGAGUUGUGGGAGAGAGAGGAGACGCUCAGCGCGCGAAUCUACGUGAAAGGUCUGGAGAAGAAAAGAUGGCUGCAGGAGAUUCUCGGCGACGUCGACGCGACGAUCGUGACCGUCGACGCGGAGUACGAAGACGUCGAUCGGUUGGAGUCUUCGCGCCGAUUGCGCGUUUCGCUGCCGGCGUCACCAAUGGUGCUGCGCCAUGGAGAACAUAUCCUGAAGCACGGAACGAAAGCGAACCUAUCCAAAUGGCCGAAGACGCACCUGACGUGGCAUUUUCACUUAGCCGAGACCGAGCUGAGCACGGCGUGGGCCGCGUUCGACCUGUGGUCGCAGCAUUCGGCAUUGACGUUCGAACGCUCCGAAACGCCGAAUGCCGACAUUAUAAUAUCUUGGCGACGCCUACGUCACUAUAACACGAAUACCAAGGUAAACGGAGCAGUUUGCUCGGACAAAUUCGACGGUCCCGGCAACGUGCUCGCCCACGCGUCUCUCCUGACGGACCAAGAGGGGUUCGUCUCCGAGGUGCACGUCGACGGGGACGAGCCGUGGCACAUUUACGUCAAUAAACAUUCCGCGGAUAGGUUCUCUCUGCAUUACACGCUGACGCACGAGAUCGGCCACUUUCUCGGAUUGGUGCACAACAGGCGCAAAACAUCGGUGAUGUUCGCGAUACAGCCGGACCAGCAGUAUCCGGUGAAGCUCGACCAAAACGACAUCGCCGACAUUCAACGUUUGUUCGGUGAAAAAAGUACGAACGAGCCCCCGCGUCGGACGCCGGCGCCGCCGGCGCCGCCGCCGCCAUCGCUGGACCUGUGCAGCCUCGAUCGCGUGAACGGGAUAUUGAUUUUGGAAAAUCGAAUGUACAUCUCGUACAAGCGUCACGUUUGGUCGAUCGAUCUGGACGGUAGGACGUACAACGGACCUUUAGCCCUUUUGAAUCACAUGAGCUUUCUUCACGACAAUUACACGCGCGUGACCGCCGCCUAUCAAUCCCCGUCCGGCGAUCUCGUGGUGUUCGUAGAUAAUUUGGUAUACUUGGUUCAAUAUCCGGAAUUUAGUCUGUGGCCAGGUUGGCCGAAGACCUUAGGACGUUCCUUCGUGGUGUUCAACGGUAACUCGGUGGGCGAGAUAGACGAAUGCGACAAGGACAAAAGAGUCGCCAAAUUUACGCCCCUCGAGGCGACGUUUCCCGGAAUACCGACCGGCGUGACGUUGAUCUUCCGCUACGUCGACGGCAAUCUGUACUUCACCACUCGGGCGCAGUUUUACAAAUUUAACGAAUUUACGAGGACCGUCUCGUCGGCCGGUAAAUUCGAUCUGCGGAUACUAAAUAUCGUCUGCCCUAGGGCCAAACUGUUGCAGUAG